CCAGUAUUUCUCUCGGCUUUAUGAGGUCACAUGGAAACAGCAUCCUUUAAACAAUGCCCAAAGUUCCAUUCCAAUCAGCCUCCAAGGACUUCCACAGCAGGAAACGGAUCAUCCCCCGAUGACCACACGCCAUGGAACAGACACUCAAUGGCUGAACGCAUACGUCAACCAUGUGACCAAACUUCUCAUAACCACAGCCUACAGCAUCAUGGACGAUGCUGCUAUCCUUAAAAAGAGAGGCUACAUCAUGGGCGCGAAUUUAGGGGAAGGAUCCUACGCCAAAGUGAAAUCUGCCUACUCGGAACGGUUGAAGUUCGAUGUAGCUAUCAAAAUCAUCGACCGGAAGAAAGCGCCUCCGGAUUUUUUGGAGCGGUUCCUCCCGAGAGAAAUCGACAUCUUGGCCAAAGUCAACCACCACUCCAUCAUCAAAACCUACGAGAUCUUCGAGACCUCCAACGGCAAAGUCUACAUCGUGAUGGAGCUCGGCAUCCAGGGCGACUUGCUGGAAUUCAUCAAGCUGAAAGGGGAGAUGCCCGAAGACAUCGCUCGCAAGAUGUUCCGUCAACUGUGCACCGCCAUUAAAUACUGCCACGACACCGACAUCGUGCAUCGGGAUUUGAAAUGCGAAAACCUUCUACUCGACAAAGAUUACCACAUUAAACUUUCGGACUUUGGUUUCGCCAAACGGCUGGUACGGGACGAAGACGGCAAAGUGAUUUACAGCAAAACUUUCUGCGGGUCGGCUGCUUACGCCGCCCCGGAGGUCUUGCAGGGAAUCCCUUACGAGCCCAAAAUUUACGACAUGUGGAGCCUGGGGGUUAUCCUCUACAUCAUGGUCUGUGGCUCCAUGCCUUACGAUGACUCGAACAUCCGGAAAAUGUUACGCUUGCAGAAGGAGCACAGGGUGCAUUUCCCCAAGUCCAAAAACCUGACCAUCGAAUGCAAAGAUCUCAUUUAUCGCAUGCUUCAACCCGAUGUGUCAAGACGGUUGCGCAUCGAAGAGGUUUUAAGUCACAUAUGGAUGCAGCCCGGCAAAAUCAGAGCGUUGUCGGCCACGUCCGUCGGGAAGAACGGAGAGAGUUCGCGCAGCACGGCCGAGCAAAAGUCGGAGCACCGAACCGAACGGGAGAAGAACAGCAAAAGCGAAUCCAAACAGACUAUCUCCACCGUAGCUCCUCGGCUGGAAGCGGUGGAAGAAGUGGAGGAGGUCAUCGAAGGAGAGAAGCGCGACGAAGAAGUGGAGAAGAUUGCAGAAGAGUUCGAAAGUAACCUUUGACGUUCGACGGACGCCCUCGCCCCAAAGCAGCAAGACCCCUCGCGUAAGAGGUAGCCCAGUUAACUGACUGGAGAGAGCGGUGUGUGGAAUAAAGUUAAGAGCUAAGCCGGAAGACGCGAUCUGAAACGAAAGGCCACAUACUGAACAAGCCUUUCUGAAUCAGCAGCUUAUUGUAGGCUAAAAGGCCGUUUUAUUAAAUAUUUUUUUAAAUGGAUUAAAAACACUGGGCUGUAGCUGGCAACUCCGGGGAUGAAUCUUACCCAGACGUGCAGAAGGCAGGAAGACGUGGUUCAACUCCAGGAAUGGGACAACUCUCCAUGGCCAGAGGACAAUUCAAUAAUUCAAUUUAAUGGUGUGGUGUUUUUUUUUUUUAAAUUAAAACGUAUUUUAAUUUUCGUCAAUUCA